AUGUCAGUUUAUGCUACAAUUCUUAGAAAUCAAAAAGAUAAACAAUUGGAGGAGUGCCACGAAUGGGUUAACUUGUUUUUGAAACAUUUUGGCCCGGAUGAUGUAUUUUUUGACGCUGAGUUUGAGAUAAGCAAUGGGAAACUGAAAUGGGAUGAGCAUGAGACAAUGCUACAUUACAAUGCCCUCAAAAAUAAUGGCCUUCGACCCUUGAGUAUUUAUACAGAUCCAUGGCCAUUUCAUGCAAAACAGGGUAAUAUUGGAGACUGUUGGUUGAUUGCUCCCCUCAUGACUAUUGCUAGAAAACGAAAACUUCUGGAAUGGCUUUUCCCUUUAAACAAUUUCUCAUUGAAGCAUGGAUUAUUCCUGGUUCGAUCUCUGGGAUAUUUGAUGGCAAUUGGAUCGAUUCCUACGUUCGAGAAUGGGGAGAUUACUCAGAAUGGUCUUGCAAAACAUCAUGCUUAUUCAUUACUCGACACAUGUGUUCAUGACGGUCAUCGACUGGUUAUGAUCGGAUGUCCAAACGAUUUUAAAUGGAAUGGAAAGUGGUCGGAGUUACCGCCAUACAAUGAUGACACCACAGAAAUGUGGAUUGAUUGGAGGAAAUCCACUGUGAACAAACGCUUCUUCUGGAUGGAAAUCGAUGACGUGUGCCAGUGGUUCAAUAGUCUGAAAGUGUGCAAGUAUCGUGAAGGAUGGCACGAACUGAGGACUGGUCGGUUUCAACUUGAAAUGUUUUGUCCGCAGAAAGUUCUCCGCCUUCGUGUCAAAUCUGAAUGCAAGUUAGCAAUCGAACUCGUCGAUCAGUAUGAUGACCGGUUUUGGCGUAAAUGUCUGGAAGUUGUGGGUCUCAUCAAUAUCCACAAAGCGACCAGUGACAAUCAGAUAGGAGAUCUUAUAAUGUCAAGCACUAUCGGAUUUUAUUGGUCUUCAAAAAAAUCUCAUACUCAGCAUCGAUCCGUAGAGAGUGAAGAGUUUGAGUUGGGCCCGGGAUCUUAUUUUGUGAUCUACACAGUCAUUUCCAACAUCCCAACACGUCUUGAUCACAUCUCCUAUGACUCUGUCACUUUCGAGGAUAGAGUGGCAUCACAUCAAUCCCUUCUGAAAAUGGUGGAAGCAAGUGGGAAUCUUCGAGUUGAAAUGCGUCCAGGAUUAUUUUUGAGAGAGUAUUCUAAGGAUAACUUUCUGAUCAUGAUGGCUGAAAACACUUCUAGAAAACCAAUCGAUAUCAACCCUGAUGAUAUAUUUUUCGACGCCGAAUUUGAGUAUAGCAAUGGAAGUUUGAAAUGGGAUGAGCAUGGAACGAUCCUGAAUUAUAAUGUGCUCAAGAACAAUGGGAAGUAUCCAUUAACUAUUUAUAAGGACUCAUGGCCAAUUCAUGCGGAACAAGGUCGGAUUGGAGACUGUUGGUUGAUUGCUACACUGAUGACUAUCGCGAGAAAACGGAAACUUCUGGAAUGUAUCAUUCCGCAGAAUGAUUUCUCAUUGAAACAUGGGAUAUUUUUGGUUAGAUUGUUCAUCAAAGGUGAAUGGACGAUAGUCGUAGUGGACGGUCAUUUCCCUUGUAGCAAGUCAGAUGGAAAACAAUUUGCCAUGAUAACCUAUACGGAGUUGUGGUCGUGUCUGAUAGAAAAAGCGUUGGCGAAAAUGUUAGGAGGAUAUCACAUGUUGCGAGGAGGACAUAUGUGUGCUGCGUUUCAAUGGUUAACCGGUGCCAGUAUUCUAACUAUCAAUUUGAACAAGGAGACUAAUCUGGGAAUGUUAUGGGAAAAGUUGAAAGCAUUUCAAUCGCUGGGGUACCUGAUGGCAACUUUUACUUCGCCUGACAAAGAGAUCAAAUACGUUUCUCAAAACGGUCUUGGUACUAGUCAUGCUUACUCAAUACUCGAUACACGUGUCCAUGAAGGUCACCGACUGAUUUUAAUCGGUUGUCCAAAUAACCUCACAUGGAAAGGCAAAUGGUCAGAGUUGCCUCCUUAUAAUGAUGACGUUACUGAAAAAUGGUCUGAAUGGAUGAAAAAAGCGAUUUCCGGAUUAGUCAACAUCCACAAGGCGAUCAAUGACAAUAAAAUUGGGGAGAUUGUAGUAGCAAGCAGAUUGGAGUUGUUCUGGUGUCCACUGAAAUCACUGUACAGAGCAGUGGAAAGUGAUCCAUUCGAGUUGGGUCCUGGAGCAUAUUUUGCUGUUAUCACUGUUUUUCAAAAACCUUACCCAUUGGAAUAUAGCUGGACAAUUCGAAGCGCCACUCCAACUGAUAGCAUCUCCUAUGACUCUGUAACUUUUGAGCAUGACGUGGUAUCUCAUCAAUCGCUUUUGAAAAUGGUGGAAAAAUUUGGAAAACCUGGGAUUCAGUAUCGAAAAGGGUUAUUCCUUCAAAAAUACUCCAGGAAUAACUUUUUGACAAUGAAAGCUGAAAAUCAAACCGAAAAACCAAUCGAUAUUAUCAUGUUUGUAAAAAGUGAAGCUCCGCAAUACGAAGCAUACGGAUUAGUUUCGGAACCGUUCUGGAACAAAUACAUAACUUUACCAAAACCAUACGUCAUCUACACUACGAUCCCGCCAAAAUCGAAAUGUAUACUUGGAAACGUGUGGAAGAUUCCCGAACCGAUGGAAUUGAAAAACGGUGUUGUGGAGUCUGAAAUGAGUUGCACGUACUGGAUUAGGAUUUUAGAGGAAGAGAUCAAAAGUGGAAGAGCGAAGGAGAUGAGAUAUGCAAAAAGCUCAGGAAUUUACAAAGCAGUUCCUAUAAAUUGA